UUGGCUUGCUUGCUUUAUUCCCUCCCUCCCUCCCUCACGGCACCUUUCCCUGCCACUCCGUCCUCCCAUUCCCCCUUGCUUUCCCCAUCCACCCACCCCAUCAAAGAGUCAACUGUGUAAGGGAUUCUUGCCUCUCGACGCUGCCCGUCGUCUCGUCGAAGCAGGUUAUAUUUGUAUCCCAGGUCUGAAUUCAAGGAGGCCAAAAUGUCAUUUGAUACGAACAAUCUUAUGUUGCAAAUCAAGAGAAUAGUCUAUCCUUAUGUCAGACUUGGCUAUCGAUCUGCUUGUGACUAUCCUGUAGUACUCAGCAUUGGAGUUUUGUUGCUGUUCCUACACAAAGCUUGCCCUUCUCUGUUUAUUUUCCUUCUGUCUUCCUCUCCAGUGUUCCUGUUAACUGCACUUCUUCUUGGAGCGCUAUUGAGUUAUGGUGAACCAAGUGCUCCGGUGAUUCGAGAGGAAACAUUGGAGAACCUGAAAAAAUCGCCCCCUGAAGCCAAAGUCUCCGUUACUGAAUGUUCAGUUGAGGAGGUUCAGAAUGUUGCUGUCACCCAUGCGGCAAGGAGUUUUGAAAAUCCAGUUGCUUGCAUCGAGGAAAGAACUUCUAACAUCUUUGUGCAUAAUACUCAUCGUGAUGAAGAGAAUGUGAUAUCUGUGUCAGCCGAUACUGUUCUUUCUGCAGAAACUUCUGAACCUACCAAGAAUAAAGUUAUUGUGGAAAGAGAAGAAGAAGAGCAUGUCAAGGAAACAUGUGAGAAGGUUGAGCCCCAGCAUUUUGAGAGAACCAAUAGUGAAAGGUGUCACUAUGAAGUGAACAAUCAGUACCAGUUUGGUGAACUCAUGAGCUCAUGUUGGCAACCUGUUAUGAGGCAGGAACCUCGUUCUGAUUCUGAAUCUGAUCUUAGCGAGAGUUCUUCUGAUGCAUCAAUAACCGACAUUAUUCCAAUGCUUGAUGAGUUAAACCCUCCUGUAAACUUCGAAACUGAUCACCCUUCCUCAACCUUUAGAGACAACCUGAAUUCCUCAUCAGAUGAAGAAGAUGAAUUAGAGGAGGAUGGUGACCUUAGCUCAGAUGAAGAUAGGGCAGAAGAGAAGAAAGACAACGAAAAUAACUGGAAGGACUUUAUAGAUUCAAACUCUUCAGAUAUGGAAAACAAUGGGAACAUGGAGGGUUUGAUGGAGCGGCGAAAAGCAAAGAAUAUUCUGAAGUUUGAACUUGACAGGAAGUUAAUGGACAUGCAAGCCGCUGAUGCAAUUCAGAAAAUGGAGGAGGCAUCACGCUUCCGUGUUCAAGUUCCCUCCAUUUCUACACCAAGGUCUUCAGAGGAAACAGUAGAGUUACCACAAAUUCCUGAUUCAGCACCAUCUGUUCUACUUCCCUGGAGAAAACCAUUUGAUGUUCCAUUUGACCAAAUUGUAGACCGUAACAGUCAUUUGCAGGAAACAUGGACUCCUCGCUCGUGCUUUCUAUCAACACAGCGUAGAAAACAUGACAACUUGUAUUUAAGGCAGUCUACUUAUCUGCGACAUCACAACGGCAUAAAGCCAGAGAAGCCUGAAGUCAGUGAAAAAGAUGCUGGUGACUAUCACUCAGACAGCGAUUCUGAGCCAGCAUUGAACAAUCGCAAGUUAUUUGGCUCACUGGAACCAGAUGUUGGUGAUGAAAUCAAAAUACUAAGUGCAGCGAUUUCAGACGUAUGCGUGUUAGAAGUAAAUCAUGGCAUUAAGGAAGGCACUGAAAGUACCGCGUCCAUCAAUGGCACAGAUUCAUUUUAUAUCCAAAAAUCUAUAUCCAGCACAUCAGAAGCGAAUAGUUCAGUUUCUGCAGGUUGUGAGGAAUUGCUAUUAUGUUCUUUAUCAGAAGAAUAUAAUACCGAGAAACUUCUCGUUGAAGCUGACUCCAUCAGUGAAGUUAACUCAUUAUUUAAGUGCCGCAUGGAUGAAGUACUAGUGCAGUCUGUUUCAGAGUCCGGUAUUGACCAACCCUUGACAGUUAAGCUUGAACACGAAUUGAAUGAUACUUCAUCCGCAGAAUCUGCAAUGCCUGUAAUUGAAGCAAGAUCAGUAGAAGACUUGAGUUCACAAUUUGCACAGCUCAAUGGAGAAGCAUUAGUAUGUGCUGCUUCUGACUCCAGUUAUGAUAAUGAGCCGAUACAAGAGAGAUCAAGUCAACCACUGCCUGUGGAAAAUGAGCAUACUCCAGAAUUGCCAACCAAAGAUGGCUAUUCAUGUUCGACUCUUAACACUCGGGUGUUACACAUCAAUUCUGGAUGCCUAGAUUUAUCAAAGAAUAAACUGAUAAAACCAGUAAUACCGUGAAGGCUACAGGGCAACAACAGUGCCUUCCUUCUCAUCUGGUGUGAAUAGAAAAGAUGCCUCCCAAAUUGAAUGAAAGCUGCACGCGUCAGCGUCGGCGACCAAAAACGCCACUGUCGCGCGUAGCAUAUUAUAUAGCA